CGAUGCGGCCGCUCGGCCCUGACCAUGGCCGAGGCCGGUGGGAGUAGGGCCCCCGGAGCCGGGGAGGACAGGGCGGCCGCGGCGGAGAAACGGGGAGAGAAGAGAGAGAUGGCCCCCGAGGGCAGGAAUGUGGGGUUUGUACUUGUACACGCAGGAGCAGGCUAUCAUUCUGAAUCCAAGGCAAAGGAGUACAAGCAAGUUUGUAAGAAAGCCUGCCAAAAGGCAAUAGAGAAACUGCAGGCUGGAGCUCUUGCUGUUGACGUAGUAACAGCAGCCCUUGUCGAACUAGAGGACUCACCUUUCACCAAUGCAGGGAUGGGAUCCAAUCUAAAUCUGUCUGGGGAUAUUGAAUGUGAUGCCAGUACGAUGGAUGGAAAGUCCUUGAAUUUUGGAGCGGUUGGAGCACUCAGGGGGAUCAAGAAUCCAAUCUUAGUUGCAAAUAAACUGCUAAGUGAAGCACAGAAGGGGAAGCUCUCUGCUGGCAGAAUUCCUCCUUGUUUUUUAGUUGGAGAAGGGGCUUACAAGUGGGCAAUGGACCAUGGAAUACCACCUUGUCCUCCUGACAUCAUGGCGACAAAAUUCAGCUUAUCUGCAUUUAGGAAAAACAGGCGAAAACUGGAACUUGCAGAAAAGGUGGAAACAGAAAUGAUUCAGACAAAGAAGAGAAGAGAAGUGUCUGAAAACACCAAUGUCACCACUUCACUUGAUACUGUUGGAGCAGUAGUUGUGGACCAUGAAGGAAAUGUGGCAGCUGCUGUUUCCAGCGGAGGUUUAGCAAUGAAGCAUCCUGGAAGAGUUGGUCAAGCAGCUGUCUACGGCUGUGGUUGCUGGGCUGAAAAUACAGGAGGCAGUAAUGUGUAUUCCACAGCUGUGAGUACAUCAGGCUGUGGAGAGCACCUUGUACGGACCAUGUUGGCCAGGGAAUGUUCGGUGGCCCUACAAGCAGAAGAUGCUCAUCAGGCCUUGUUAGAAACUAUGCAAAAGAAAUUUGUUCGUUCACCAUUCCUAGCCUGUGAAGACUCUGUACUUGGGGGUGUGAUAGUUCUCCGAUGUUGCAGAUGUUCACUAGAAUCUGAGCCGUCAUCGAAUACUCAGGCCCUCCUAGUUGAGUUCCUAUGGAGUCAUACCACUGAGAGUAUGUGUGUUGGUUACAUGUCGACUCAAGAUGGCAAAGCCAAGACUCACAUUUCCAGACUUCCACCUGGAGCUGUGGCGGGGCAGUCACUGGCGAUAGAAGGCGGUGUUUGUAGACUUCGCAGCUCCGUGAACUGACCCUGCUUGACUUGUUCAAUUGACAACACACAGCCUCAGAUGGACUAUCAGCUAUAAUGCAUUAUAUAUCUUUUAAUGUUGUAAAGAAUUUUGAAAGUUUUAACUUUUGGGGUAAUAAGAGUUGCACUUUGUACUUUAUAUACGCUGACUAUACUAGUAAAUGUUGCUUUUUUCCCCCCUCUGAGCACAUUUCUGCUUCAACUGAAGAUCAAUACAGUUGACUUAAGUGUACGUCCUGUUUGGUCAGGAAAUCUUAUCCUUUUUGUGUUGAGCACCUCCCCCCUCCCUGUCAAAUUGCUUAUUGUGAAAGACAGACACCAAGCUGACUGGGUUUUUAUAGUUACAUGGCAUUCCAUAUUUGUCAUCUUAAGAAGUACAAGACUGUACGCUUUCUGUCUGCCACUAAAUUUAAUAGUUAUUAGGUCUUAUUUAGAGGUUCUAUACUAUUAGUUUCACGUGUAAGUAGAUACUUAGUUAAUACCACAUGUACAGUCCUUAGUGUUGCUUGUGAAUUUGAGAUUUAAUAGGAUGCUUAUUUUACAUUUACAGUGGGAAUUAUAAUGGAUGUGGUGCUAUGAACUAUGAUACAUUAAAUGAUCCAAAUGCAGAAAUGUUAAUGUUGCGCUAUUAGUGCUGUCAUGCAAGGCAUGAUCUGAAUGCAUUGCAAUUGUGGCUGAAAAUAUGACAAUUAUAAUCUGAGCAGAAAUUAUACAGUUAAGACAUAAAUAGUAAAAUUACAGUUAAUAAGGAUGUGCAAUGGGUGUAGAUCGUAAAUGUGUUUAUUUUUAUUUUAAAUUGCAUACAAUUAACAAAAGUCAAAAGCCAUUAGGUACACACUGAAUCAAAUUCACUGAACCAUAUUAUCCUGUGAACAGCAUCUCUUUCACAUUUUCCUUGUUUGUUUUGUUUUAUGAACGGUUGGCGUGUAUGUUUGUGUAUUUGCAGGGACUUGGUUAUGCUGCUUUGGUCCACUUUAGAUAGCUUUGAAUAGGAGCACCUGAUGUACUGGGUCUUUUCAGCCUGCACUGUUGGUUUAUUUAGACAUCCAUUGUGUUUGUUGGGAUGUUGCAAUGUUCUACAGUAGAACCUCAUUGUACGAGUAGCAAAUGGGUUAUUAUAAACCUGUUUGUAGCCAACUUCUGCUGUUCUAACUAAAGCUCUCCAAUAAUCAGCAUGAAGUGAUAAGGACUUUGAUAAGAUGAACCACUGAACAGAAGAACAACUUUGUCAGUCUCCACAACCUUGUAUUGGUAAGGUUUAGCCGUACUGUUAUUUUUUACAACCAAGACAAUCUUAAACAUUUUGAAUGUAGAUCAUAUAUUUUCAGGGACUAUGGUUAUGUAAUUUAGUGGAACACCAUUGAUCUGAUCUUUCAAUUUCUGAAAUCAAAGUGAUACUAAUGCAUCCAGUCUGCCAGUUUUUUUUUCUCCAGUACCCAUAUGGAUUUUUUUUAUUUUUAAAGAAUUAUAUAGUUGCUGCAUUUACUCAUUCAUUAAUACCCAAAACUGUCAGGUUUGUAAGUUACAAGUUGUGCCUCAAAACUGCAUGCAAGACCAUAUGAAAUGUUUUAUAGUAAAUUAACAGCUGAAGCUUGAUCUAAAUUACCAGUAUAUUAUUGGUAGACUGUUGGGUGACAUUUUAAAUCACUGCAAUACUUAAAUUAGAAAGGACUUAAAAGGUCUUUAGUACUUCCUUAACCAUAAAAAAACAUCGACUGACUAUUUUUCUUUUGCUAUUAUCAAAGUGGUUAAAGUGUUGUGUCUCCACUGCCUGCAAAUUGAAAGCCUAAUUUUGUGUGGUGGUGGGAAGCAGCAAGGAAUUGAAUCCUUGUUGACCAUGGUUGUGGUUUGUAAUUUUAGAUCUUCUAGAACUACACUCGUUCCAUGGUAUUUUAAAUCAUGAAAUUGCGGCGAGGGGAGUGACUUUGUACAUGACUCUUAAAGAUUUGAUCUUAACAGAAUUGAUGUUGCAUUGUAUUGAUUCCACUAUAUUAUAUAAACUACCAGGGCUAUAUGAUGAGCUUGCAAUGUUGCUUUUAGUUGAUUAUUACAAAAUGUUAUCCCAGUGUUUUUGUAUUAUAUGCUUAUAAUAAAAUCUUUGGGAAAGAAAA